CCACAGGCUGCAUGGGGAGUGCUGAGAAAACUGCACGGCUGCACAAAUCUGACGCCAAACCAGGGCUCUAUUUUUGGUCUCCGCUUUGCGUUUCUGACACCUGUAGGGACGCGUGAAGUGCUCAAGAGACUUGUGCAGCACCUCCCGGAGCGGUGGAGCCGCCGCAGGGCAUGGGAGCGCAGCGGAGCGUUCUUGCUUAGCCAACAGGACUAAUUAUAACCCAGGAAUAUGAACUGUAAAUGUGCUGAAGCUGCCAAGUCGGGAGCUGGGUGUGUGCCAGCGCUCGAAUGAGGACACACCAUCCUGUCAGGACUCUCCGGGAGCGGCAGGCAGCACCGAGGUACGCACGGAGCCCCACGGAGGGAGAUGGACACAUGGGGGUACGGCAGGAGGACGGUAUACUUAUCAAAUACAUUUUGUGAUCUCUACCAGUGAACCUGCACAAGCAAUUCCUUUUUAAGCUCACUCUAGGAACUGCAUCUUGAUCCUUGAACUGCUCAAACUCCCAGAGAAUUAUAUUUAACAAGACCUUAUUACCUACUGAGAAAUAUAAUGACUGAGUUCCUGGUUUGUUUUAAUUGGUGCAAUGGUGAACAGCCCCCACCGAAGAGGCGUCGGAGGCUGGACCGGAAUAUGAUAGGAGAGCCAAUGAACUUUGUACACACCGCGCACGUCGGGGCCAGAGACAUGAGUAGCGACUAUUCCUCAGCUGUGUCAAUUCAGGACCACAUGAAGUCUAAAGGUGGCUACACAAAUGGCACUUCUGCAACUGUUGAAAUAUAGGAAACCGAGAGAAGGCUGAAAUCUGCUCUGUCUUAUGAGGAUCCCCUGGACUGUGCUUUCAUAUUCUCUAAAACCUUGUUACUAUGGAGUAGGGAGAGUACCUAAAUUAAAAAUAGGUCAGUACAAGCUUUGGUGUUCUUUGCACAAUAUCUUCUGAAGGAGUUAUUGUAAGUUGUCCUUAAAAUGGUCAGUCAUGGUAGUGUUGUAGUAGCAACUGUAAUUUGUCACUGUGGAUGACUUCCUAGCUCUGUCCCAAAAGCCUCUCAAAGCUGUCAUAUAAGAUGGAAUUGCAAGUCAGUAUGAAUUGCCUGGGAUUUUGGCAUCUGUUUUUUCUCCUUGCAGGAAAUGCAGAGGAGAUUUAAUUGGAAGAUAUCACAUGAUUUCACUUCUUACAUGGGCUAAACUGACUUGCUAAGUAUGACCUUGUAGCUGCGAGAUAACUUUGGACCUGUUUUUUAGAUGCUUUACAACCUAAUGCAUAAAUUUUUGGUAUUUUUUUAAUGCUUUUUGAUAGUGAAUGAACUCUAAUGUGGGAUAGUUAGCUGAGUCUGCAAAACACAGUGAAACUUCUGCCUUGCCAAGAUAACACUUCUGUAUCUAAAAAUGUAGCUUUUGCAAACGUUUUGACUCUCAAAUGAGGCUGAGAACAAGACAUGUGUCCCUCAGCGACUGGGCUGCCUCCCAUCCGUGCACACACACUGCUGUGACUGGCAGCUAUUACUGCAACACAGCUAAUUGUACCUACCAGUUAACUUCUAGUGGUGCUACAAUAUGCUCACAACUGUGUGUUAGUUUUGCAUGACUACCAUUGAAUUUUAAACUAAACAUAUUUAAGAUCUCUCCUUUGUUACCUCUCUGUAACGUUAGCCACACAGGACUUCAAGGGAUAUCUUGCUUGUCUUUCUGGCUCCUUAAUUUAAAGACUGUCUGUUUUAUAUGAAAUUAAUAUUUUCUUGCAUGUGGUGUAAGUGAUACGGCCAUGUGAAGAACACGCAUUUAAAGAAUAUUGUGAAAAGUUGCAGGAGGGUAUUAAAUGGAAACAGCAUUUUGCAGAAUUCCAGCACUUCAUAAAUAUUUAAAUAAACAGCCAUAAAUACUUAGACAUGCUCAAACUACAGUUUAUUACUUAGUUCUUAUUCAUCUUUCGAUUAAGUGAUGUGACAAAACUGCUGAAGCAGAACUAGGUUUUUCUCUUACCCAAUCACUGACAAUUGUUCCCCAGCUCAAAAUUCUGUAUGACUACCACUGCAGAAACAGGAAAUCUGCUUGCUCUCUUGGGAUUAACUAAUUACAAGUGUUUAAAAUGCUGCCAUAUCAGCACAAGUUAUGCUGGAAGUCAGCAAACUGUCCUUGCUCUAGGCAAAAGAUCAGUUAUGAACAUUUUUCCAUUUAAAAAAAAUUAUAGCUGGAAAAUCUUUUAACUUGUAUGAUUCUGUUUGUAGUUGUGAUACUUCUUAAAUCUAGGCUGCUGGCCUUGCUGAAUAUUGUUAGGCUGCCUUUUCAGAAUAUACUAGGGAACUUAAAACAUGAAUGGUAGCUCUGUGUUUCUGUAUAUGUUUUAAAAAACAGCUUUUCCCCUCCCCCAUGUUUUAUCUUUUAGGUCCAAAAAGGGAGUAUUGCUUUCUGUAAUGGUCAACAGCUGAUCAUAACAUUCUGAAACCACAUAAGAGAAACCUAAUAUCCAUGUCUUGCUAGAUCCUUACUCUCCAAUUAGAAUGCACACCAAAUUUUAAUAUAUUUUAAAAUUAGCAUAAUUAACUGUACAUUUAGCUUUUGCAAGUCUUUUGCAUUUCUGUCUUCUAACUUCAGAUAUACUCUAACAACCUAGUUAAGAUACAGAGUUCAAAAAAGCUAGAUCCUAUAUAGUGUUGAGAAAGCAAAAAGUGGCCAAGGUGUUUGAAAGAAUAGAUUCUAAUUCAUCUGCUUUUAUAUGGAGCUAAUGCAUUCAGUCAUCUGUACGUGCCCAGAAAAAAGGGUGAUAGGGCAGUUGGCAUGGAGAAAAUGGGCUGUAUUUUGUUAACACUGUAAGAAAACACAUUGAAGAAAAGUUAGGGUUUCUUGGAGACCCAUUCAGUAGAUUUAAAAUUAGCAGUAUAACUAGAAAUAAAGGAAUUGGUGAAUAUUUCACUUCUUCUCUCUAAGGAUAAAUGAACAGAAAAUUUGUUAUUAACACUUAUUUAGAGAAAAAUCCUAGUUUUGAUCAUGUAAACUGAGUAGCAUUAUCUGGUGUGAAACUAACCUAUUUUCAUCAGACUAUAUAGUAUUAUAUAAGACCAUAAUAAAGUGCAAGAUCAUUAAAAAGAAAUGUUUUGCUAUUACAUUAAAAGUGUCAUUACUUUUAAAAAUCUAACAAACAUAAACACGUUUUAGGGCUUCGAUAUUUUUUGUUCUAUAUUUAGAAACCUUGUGUACCUGUAAUCUGUCAUAUAACUCAGUGUGAAUCUAUUUUAGUUAUAAUAAAUAUGUUGAACUGGGAAUUUUCACUCUUUUCAUAUUGUGGAAAAUCCUGAUAUUUUCUCUGCACUGAAAACUGUUGGAUAAGUAAAUGGAUCAGCAUGGCUUCAACUUUUAUUGCAUAGAAUGAAAUUUCUCCACUAGAGAGCACAGUUUUACAUCAAGUCUUCUCUGUUCUAUGCAAGCUCUAACUCCAUUGUGGGGUUUGGUGGUUUUUGGCACUUGAUUGAAAUAAAAUACAGAAAUGAUACCAA